AAAACCUUAUCAACAUCUUAUCAAUAAAAUUGGAAAAAAUUGCUCACAUUUUUGCUUUUUUUGAACAUUUUAGUGAAGAAAAAAAUCAAAUAGAGUCGAGAGAAAAUGUAAAUUUUCUUCAGAAAACUAGAAAACUUCAUCAUUUUAAUAUUUUCUGCAUUGCCGAAGCAAAAUUUUCGAGUCCAAUAUGCAUGAGGACGAAGACCAAACAGCCUCUCAAGUAGAUGAAAAUACCGACACUUCGAUUCCCAUUGAUGAAAUGAGUGAUGGUAGACGACCUCAAUUCGGCAACAGAUUCUUAAAAGACGGAGACGACGUUUACCGUUACAAUGCUUGGGAUAACGUCACAUGGGAUGAAGAACAGGAGAAAAAAGCUAAAGAGACGAUCGCCAAACACCUCCAAAGCAAGAUAUCAUCUUCAGAGUACCAAGAUAUCGAACAAAACGCUGGCCUCUAUUGGGAUGAAUUUUAUUCCACUCAUGAAGAUAAAUUUUAUAAAAAUCGUAACUGGUUAUUCACCGAAUUUCCCGAACUUACAGACAACGUAUCGAGAACUAUUUUUGAAAUUGGAUGCGGCGUUGGCAAUACGGUAUUCCCAAUUCUACAACAAAAUCCGGAUCCUAAUUUGCAAGUGUAUUGCUGCGAUUUUUCUGCCACAGCGAUUAAUAUUUUGCGGCAAAAUUCGUUAUUUGAGAGUCGAUGUACUGCAUUUGUUUGCGAUAUAACUCAGUCCGAUUGGAAUGAACCUUUUGAGGCCAAUAGUAUCGAUGUAAUGAUUAUGGUAUUUGUUUUAUCGUCGAUUCCACCUGAAAAAAUGGAGUUCGUUUUGAAAAAAUUGUACACUUAUUUGAAACCUGGUGGUGUUAUAUUGUUUAGAGAUUACGGACGUUACGAUUUAUCGCAAUUGCGAUUUAAAGAUGGUAAAUGUAUCGCUGAGAAUUAUUACGUUCGGGGUGAAAAAACGUUGGUUUAUUUUUUCAGUCUCGAAGAAUUAUGCGAAUUGUUCAAUAAAUGUGGUUAUGAAAUAUUAGAUAAACGUGUGGAUCAACGGUUACAAUGUAAUAGAAAAAAGAAAAUAAAAAUGUAUAGAAUAUGGAUACAAGGUAAAUUUAAAAAACCUCUGACUCAAUGAUGUAUUUCUUUUCGUGUAAUAAAAUUAUUAAAAUGUUUUCAAUUUGUGUUUUA